UAUCAACCUCAUGUCCAUGUUUGCCAAAUCAAUGCUAAAGAGCAGCGCCUGGAUAGCGCAAGCUUCCCGCCACCAUCACUUUCACACAACUGCAUUCAGGGCAUUGCCAAAAGCUGUUGAACAACAUAACUCUCCAGAGAACCUCAGCUCACUUGCAACGAGACUACAAGUGAAUUUUCACCAAAAGGAUAUCCUCAGCCAAGCUAUGACCCAUAAAUCAUUCCGUCACGGUGUUGUUGCAACUAACGAAAACUUGAUACAAUACGGUAACCGAGUGCUCGGAUACUAUGUCGCAACCUCUUUGCCCACCGAUGCCAGCGAAGAAACAAUGAAGAACGCUCUCCGUGGAUACAACGAUGCCAAGUUCCUUGCUAGUGUUGCUGACGAAUUGAAGAUUGAAGAUUGUCUCCAGUAUCAACUGCCUCCUGACACUGCAUCAACGGGUCUCUCAUCAAUCAAAGCAGGCUCUUUGAAAGCAUUGCUAGGUGCUAUCUAUCAUGAUCAGGGUGAAAAUAAAGCUCGCGAAUUUGUGAAUAAGCAUAUCCUUUCUAGAAAGCUUGUCGUAUAAUAGAAUAUAUACAAAGCAUUUUAACUUUUUAAAAGUUUGUAAUAACAAUAGUUCUCUUCAAACCCUCAAAACAAAUAAAAUAAAAAAAAUAA